AUGGCAGAGGCAGUUCUUUCUGCUCUUCUUCAGGUGAUAUUUGAAAAUUUGUCUUCUCAGAGUUUUGAAGAGUAUGGUAUGUUACGUGGCACUAACAAGGAGAUGAGAAAGCUUCAGAGUGUGUUGUCAACAAUCCAAGCCGUCCUUGAAGAUGCAGAAGAUCGACAAGUACUGGAUAAGGCAGUGAAGGAUUGGUUGAUAAAGCUCAAAGACAUUGCUUAUGAUGCAGAUGACUUGUUGGAUGAGUACAUAUCAGAAGCUUCACAACACAAACUGGACUUCCAUGAUCAUGUGGAUAUCCAAGGUUGCAUGAUCAAGGAGGUACGUUACUUCUGUUCUCAAUCAAAUCUGAUUCUCUGUAGUUAUAGAGUGAAGAGAGAGUUGAAGAAUAUAGUGGAGAGAUUAAAUACAGUAGCAGAUGAGAGGUUCAAAUUUCAUUUGAAAGAUAAGUUUCUUGAUUAUAGCACCCAAUCAUCUGGAAGGCUACAAUCAGAUUCUUUCUUAUUUGAAUCAGAAGUUUUUGGGAGAGAUGAGGAGAAAGAGAAAAUCAUGAAGUUUCUAAUGCAUUCAACUGAUAAAGGAGAUGUUUCAGUCCUUCCCCUAGUUGGUAUGGGAGGGUUAGGAAAAACAACACUUGCAAAAUUGGUCUACAAUGACAAGAGGGUGGAGGAGCAUUUUGAGCAAAGAAUUUGGGUUUGUGUUUCUGAAGAGUUUGAUGUAAAGAGGCUUAUGAGAGCAAUUGUAGAAUCAGUGACUGGGAAUAGAUGUGAUCUUCUAGAAAUGGAGACGAUUCACCGUCACAUUCAAGAAUUGAUAAUGGGGAAGAGGUUCUUACUGGUUUUAGAUGAUGUGUGGAAUGAUGACCAUGAAAAAAGAGCAUUCAAGUGUGGAAAACCAGAAGAGGGUUCAAGUAUAUUGGCAAUUGGAAAGGAAAUAGCAAAGAACUGCAGGGGUGUACCUUUGGCAGCAAAAGCUCUAGGAAGCUUAAUGAGCUUGAAAAGGCGGAGAAGUGAGUGGUUGCUUGUUAAAGACAAUGAAAUAUGGAAUCUUAUUGAGGAAGAAAAUGGCAUUUUGCCUGUAUUACGACUAAGCUAUGACAAUCUACCAUCACAUCUCAAACAAUGUUUUGCUUACUGCUCCCUAUUUCCUAAAGGCUGCAGGAUAAAGAAGGAGAAGUUAAUCCAUUUAUGGAUGGCAGAAGGAUUUAUUGGAUCGUCUCAAAGAAAGCCACUAGAAGAAGUUGGGAAUGAAUACUUUAAUGAAUUAUUUUGGAGGUCAUUCUUUCAAAAUGCAACAAAAGACAGCAAUGGUGACAUGGUGGACUGUGAAAUGCACGAUCUUCUUCACGAUCUUGCAAGAUCUGUUGCAGGUACCAGUUGCUUGAUGCUGGAGGUUGGCAGGCAAGUAAUCAUCCCUACAGGCACACGUCAUUUAUCUAUCAUUUGUAAUGAGACUGAAAAUCUGAAGGGCAUUAGUGAUUCAAAGCUACGCUCUUUCCUUCUGUUAUUUGCGCGGCGAAAGAUUGCAAAAGUAUCUGGUAAUUUGAUCUUGAGUAUCAAAUCCUUGCGUACUUUAGACAUAAGCAGUACUGGAAUCAAGAAGCUUUCAAAAUCAAUUGGUGCAUUGAAACAUUUAAGGUUCCUUGACCUAUCAUAUACUCUUAUAAAAAAGUUGCCUAACUCUAUCUGCAGUCUGUUCAAUUUGCAAACACUUGUACUCCUGCACUGCAGCCGUUUGGAGAUACUGCCAGAAAAUUUAAGAAAGUUGGUGAACCUGAGGCAUCUGAAUAGAUAUGGUUGUGGGUUAUUAACCGAAUUGCCAAAUGGAAUUGGAGAACUUGGCUCACUCAAAACAUUGCCACUAUUUAUAGUUGGUAAGCAAACGGGAUGCGGCAUUUCACAGUUGCAGGGCCUAGACCUUCAUGGAGAAUUAAAGAUUAAGAACCUUGAGAAUGUGAGGAAUGAAAGAUGUGCCAGGGAUGCAAACCCGAAGGAGAAGAGACACAUUCAGUCAUUGGAACUACUGUGGGAGAAUGUUGAUGAGGUAAGUGCAAGAGAAAAUGUUGAGUGUGUUACUGAAGGGCUUCAGCCAAAUUUUGAGUUAAAGAAGUUACUCAUUGAGAACUACGUGGGUUCGAAAUUCCCGAGUUGGUUGAUGAAUUCUUCUCUCACAAAUCUUGUCGAACUCUCGAUGGUCAAAUGUCAAAGGUGUGCUCAACUUCCUCCACUGGGAAAGCUGCCUGCUCUUGAGGUUCUCAGAAUUGAUGGAAUAGAUGCAACUAUGUACUUCUCCAAUGACUCCAGUGGAGCUAGCAGGGUUGCUGAUUUUGUGUCAUUGAAACGGCUCUCACUCAAAGAUAUGCCUAAUUUGUUGGGAUGGUCAUCUGUGGAAGGAAGAGAUCUACUUCCUUGCCUGAAAGAAUUGAUAGUCGAGUUUUGCCCUAAAUUGACCAACUUGCCAUAUCUUCCAUCUAUUGAAUCUUUAGAGCUUAACGAUUGCAGCAAUGAAAUAUUGGCAACAGUGACAAAGAUGUCCUCCCUUUCAAAUGCCCUUUUCAGUGGAUUUCUGGAGCUGAUCUAUCUGCCACAAGGGUUGCUCAGAAACAAAAAACAUCUAUUGUCUUUAGAAAUCAGGGACUGCCCAAAGCUCAGGUCUUUUUCUGGUGAGCUUGAUAGUCUCUCUGCCCUCCAAUCAUUCAGGAUCAGUAAUUGCCCUGAGCUUGAAUCCUUGUCAGAGUUGGGAAGCCUCAAAUCUCUCAAGUCCUUAUUUAUAGACAGGUGCCACAAUUUAGGUUCUUUUGCUGAAGAAGGAAUGGGAAGUUUAACUUCUCUUCAACAUUUUUCACUCUCAAACUGUGAAAAUAUAACAGCCUUUCCACAUGCUAUGAAGCAUCUUGUAUGCCUCCAAACACUACAUAUCUGGAGUUGUCCUAAAUUAAGCACUCUGCCUGAGUCACUGGGAAACCUUGCUGCACUCAAAGAAUUAGAGCUUUGGUAUUGUGAAAAUUUACUUUGUCUACCAGAAUCAAUGCAACGCCUCACUUCUCUUCAAUUUUUGUCAGUUUGGAGCUGUCCUCACUUGGAGAUACAAUGUGAGAAGGAUCAAGGCAAAGAUUGGCACAAGAUAAAACACAUUCCAUUUAUCAAGAUCAAUGGCCCCUACAUUCAAGCGAUAGAUAGUCAGCAUCUCUACUCUUUCUCUAACCUGUUGUCUUCAAAGACCUAAUAAAAAAGAAUUCAUUUUUCUUUUGUAUUUCAUAACAUUUAAGACAAGUUUAUUAUGAAGAAUGCAUACAUUAAUU